UUCCUUCCCACAUUGGGAAGGCCAGAGGUGACACACAAAGGCCACAUGCCCUUGGCCACCUCUGUCAUGGGCAAACAUGUGGCCAUGGCAUGCUAUGCCCUGGCAGGUCAGGGUGCUGCUCUGUGUCAGGAGGUGAUACAGGAGAUGGGGUUGUCCAUCCUGCUGUUGGAAGAGGAACUGGGAUAAGGCCAUGUCCCAUCAGUGGUGCCACUGGUCUGGGUGCCACUGGCCAAUGCAAGCUUGGAGGAGGAUGGAUGGACUGAUGGAGGGUAGCCCAUCUUCCCCAAAGGGCAGCACCUCCCCACCUGUCCCCCCAGGUAGGCAGCCUGAUGCCCCCAGCCAGGGCAAGCAGCAGUUUGUGGCCAGCACCUGGGUGGUUGCGACACCCCCAGGGUGGGGGGGCCCAUGGUGACUCACCCCAUCCUGGCCACCAGUAGAAACCCUGACUCAGGGCUGCGUGCCCAUGCUGUGCCAUGCCCCUCCCUGCCCGCCUCGCCCACCUUAUCUCCCGCCCUUAGCACCUGGCACACCUGGGCCAGGGGGGACUGGCGCCAUUCCCCUCCUUUAUGGGGAACAAAGGGCAGGGGAAGGGUUGGCAGCAGGUGCCACAUCCCUCCUCCUUCCUUCCCGUCCUCCCUUCCUCCCUCCCUCUCACGGAUGCUGUUCCAGGGCUGUGCCCUCUUUUGUGCCCCCCACUGAGGCAGCUGGUCAGCCUGGAGCAUUGUGGCAGUGUGGUGGGCAAUGCUGCCCACAGCCCUGCUGCCACUGGCUGUGUGCUGCCUGCACUCCAGGCACUGGGCGGCUCGUGGUACCACAGCUGGCUCCACAGUGUUCCACAAUGAUGGGAGAGGUUAGGCUUGGGGUUACACUGGCGAUGGAGGGCAUGCUGGCGAUGCCCCUCUGCCCACCUGCCGUCUCUAGUGCCUGCCCACAGGUUCUUGCACAACCCAGCUCUUCCCAUCAGCAUUGCUGACACCAGAGGCCCUUUGCUGUCCAGCUGGUGUGGGGCUCUUCCCCUUUCUGCCUGGCCUUCUGCUAUGGACAGCACCAGCAUGGUUCCUGGAGCCCAUCCAGGGCCAUGCCAGGGUGCUGCAGUGCAGGUGCCCCUGGCCGGUCUGGCGUGGGUGGCCUGGGCGGGUGCUGGUGCUGGUGGUGGGGUGUGGGGCGCGCUCUCCAGGCUGCUAAUUGCUGUUUAGCUGGGGACACAGAGGGUGUAAUUAUGGGGGGCGUUGCGUGAAUCUGCGGCCUGGCUGGGGAGCCUACGAGUGCCCCUGCCCAGGGAGCGGAGGGGAUCAGGCAGCAGAAUCCAGCUGGGCCAUCAUUCCUUCCCACAUUCCCCAUGGGACCUCAGGAACCCACUCCAAGGGUAGAGCAGGACAGGAAUCCAUAGGACCCGGGGGUGGCUCCAGGGCUGGCUGGGCAGGCUGCAGCAUGCUGUGGGAGCCCUGCCCUGCUCCCGCCGAGCGCAGGCGCCCUCCCAGCCCGGCCAGGCUGGCCAUGGCCAGUGGCGAGCACCCAGCGCCCUGCCUUGCGGCAGAGGAGAAGGUGAGGACAAUGGCCAGCCCAGAGGACGAUCUCAUCGGCAUCCCCUUCCCUGAGCACAGCAGCGAGCUGCUGAGCUGCCUGAAUGAGCAACGGCAGCUGGGGCUGCUCUGCGACGUCACCAUCAAGACGCAAGGGCUGGAGUACCGCACCCACCGAGCUGUCCUGGCCGCCUCCAGCCGCUAUUUCAAGAAGCUCUUCGCAGGGCCGGGGCCAGGGCAGGAGGUCUGCGAACUGGACUUUGUGGGGCCAGAGGCGCUGGGCGCGCUGCUGGAGUUUGCUUACACAGCCACGCUGACCAUAAGCAGCGCCAACAUGGGCGAGGUGCUGCGUGCCGCCCGGCUGCUGGAGAUCCCCUGUGUCAUCGCUGCCUGCGUGGAGAUCCUGCAGGGCAGCGGGCUGGAGGCGCCUGGCCCCGACGAUGGCGACUGCGAACCCAAAUUUACACCAGAGCCCGCCCAGCUGCCCUCGCCCCCUCUCCCCGAGGGGCUGCCCCUGCCCUAUGACAGCUUUGAGCUGCCUGAGGAGGAGGAGCUGCCCCCACACUCCUUCCCCUUCCCCUACCAGCCCCCCUUGUCCCCUGAGGAGGCUGCCUCUGAUGAUGACGCCAUCGACCCCGACCUGAUGGCGUAUCUGAGCUCUCUGCACCACGAGUCGCUGGCGCCUGGGCUGGACAGCCCUGACAAGCUGGUGCGCAAACGCCGCUCGCAGAUGCCCCAGGAGUGCCCUGUCUGCCACAAGGUCAUCCACGGCGCCGGCAAGCUGCCCCGCCACAUGCGCACGCACACGGGCGAGAAGCCCUUCGCCUGCCAGGUCUGCGGAGUCCGAUUCACACGGAAUGACAAACUGAAGAUCCACAUGCGGAAGCACACAGGUGAGCGGCCCUACUCCUGCCAGCACUGCAGCGCCCGCUUCCUGCACAGCUAUGACCUGAAGAACCACAUGCACCUGCACACAGGUGCCCGGCCCUACGAGUGCUACCUCUGCCACAAGGCCUUCGCCAAGGACGACCACCUCCAGCGGCACCUCAAGGGCCAGAACUGCCUGGAAGUGCGGACCCGCCGCCGCCGCCGCGACGAGCCCCCGCCGCCCCCCGCCGGGCCCCCGGGCCUCGACCUCUCCAACGGGCGCCUGGAGGGGCUGCGCCUCUCCAUUGCCCGCUACUGGGCUCCAGGGCAGCCCGAGGAGGAGGAUGAGGAGCCCGAGGGUGAGGAAGGGCCGCAGCCGGACGGCACCGUGCCGGUGGAGACAGCGUAGGGCCGGUGCAGCGGCCGUUCCAUGCUGAGCUGUGCCGUGCCCACUGGGGUUUCUGUUCCUGUUUUUCCUGUCACGGUUCAUUCCUAGUUAUGCAAAGGGGGAAACUCCCCUCGGUCGAUUUGCACAAGGGGGUGGGGGGCCCCUACCGCCCCCCCA